AAACAAACCACCGAAGAAGACGAACGGCCGAACGAAGGAGGAAAAGAGGGAGAAAAAGAGGGAGAAAAGAGGGAGAUAAAGGCGCUGUAGACGAGAGAGAGAGAGAGGAAAAUAUUAAAUAGUUCCGAUUUAAGAAGGAAGAGGCAUAUUGAGGAUUAGAGUAACGUAGAGGAGGCGAGAAUCCGAGAGCGUCGACGUCUACUGCAGGAGGAGCCACCAUGACCGAGCCAGCACCUACGUCCUCGGCCUCGCCCUCCGUGGCGGAGAAGAGGUGCGAGGACACGGCGGAGGAGGAGGAGAUUGCCAUAAAGAAACGCAGACUCGAGUCCUGCGACAGAGAUGACCCCGAGAAUAAAUUAGAGGCGCGUCUGGGAGGCAUUUUGUGUUGCGCUGUGUGCCUGGACCUCCCUCGCUCGGCCGUCUACCAGUGUUCAAAUGGACAUCUCAUGUGUGCGGGAUGCUUCACCCAUCUCCUUGCCGAUGCCCGUAUUCGGGACGAGACAGCCACUUGCCCCAAUUGCCGAGUGGAAAUAUCACGGUCACUCGCCACCAGGAAUUUGGCGGUAGAAAAGGCCGUGUCAGAGCUCCCAGCAGAAUGUCAGUUUUGCAGUCAGAAGUACCCGCGCAACUCCCUCGACCGCCACGAGAUGGAACUGUGCGAAGAAAGACCCGUGCACUGCCGAUACAAUGUGCUGGGCUGCGGCUGGAGGGGACCCCAUCACGACGUCAGCAGUCAUGAACAGCAGUGCCAGCACCCUUCCCACACGGGCGAGCAGGUGUUUUCACAUCUCCAGAAGCAAGCAGAAACUGCCGAGGAGGAUUCAAAGACUUUCAAUCAGAUCAUGUCUGUCCUCUCCUUUGAAAAGAUUACUUUCAAUGACCUGCAGCUGAAACCGUACCGCACCGACGAGUUCAUCCACAAGCUGUUCUAUGAGACGAGCCGAUUCUCCGCUCUGGGCUACCAGUGGGUGAUCAAGGCAAGACUCAAUGAUAACCAGAAGGACCCACACCUGACAUGCAACAGGUUUAUCACAUACCAGCUGAUCGUCAAGAGCAAGCCAAGCAGCCCCAUGCUGGUCCAUUUCAUGAUGCUCCGAGGGCCUUUUGGGGACAUGCGAGUGGAUCCCCACAUAUGUCAGCACGAGUUCACGGAGAGCAGCACAGAAAGCCCCUUCUUUGCACUACCUUUGCCCGACAGUGCAGAAUGCAACAAACUCUUGGCUGCACGUACGAUAGACUUCAGGUUGAUGAUGGGCAUGGUGACCAAGUAAUCAGACACUGAAGGAACAACUGUGUAAUGUUACAUCAAGCAAACUCCUUUUAUCUCCAGCUGCAUUUCCAUGUUUACGGUUAUAUACUUAAAAUAUUUAGAUUAUCUUCUCCUUUUCUGCCUGACAUUUUUCUGAAAACAGAUUGACUAAAGAAGCUUGAAAAAGGAAGGCAUUUGUAGAACUUUUUUUUUUUUUUUUUUUUUUUU